UUCGACACAUUCGGUCAUCAUUCGUUGGCCGUUUGCCUUUUUUGCCACUUACAAAUUACUUGAAAUACAGCAUACGGUUCACAGCAAGCAUGUCAUUGGGGCGACGGGUGGGAGUGGUGUCGCGCUGUCCCUGUCGCUGCUCGGGCUUUGGCCCUGGUAGGGACGGGAACCGGCGUUUGCCACUACUACUGAAUCUACCACUACCAUUGCUACUCGUAGUAGCCCUUUGGUUGACCUCCAUCCAUGCCUUUACCCUUUCUUCGUCGACAAAUCGGCACUGGACGGCGGCGGGUCGACCGUCACUCGUAACGCUGCCCGGUUCUUCCAGCCUCGCCUCGUCCUCCUCCGACGCUACGGAAGAACAACAAUCCGGAGUAAAGGCACCACCGGAUACCGUCCCCGACGUUACCGACACUGAUACGAACGACGGUGACACAGUCGUCGAUGCUCGACCGGAUCGUGGGACCCUAUCCACACUCCAAUGCGGCAAUCUCGAACUCGGCACGGCCUUGUUCGCCGGCGGUCUCGCCUUUGACGCCUACGUCGAACCGCCCAGCAAUUCCUCACGUUGGGAAAAGGGCAGUCAAGGUCUGCGCGUAGCCUUUUGCAGUGUCGCGUACACUCGUCAACUCUACAAGGGGGUUUUGGAAGUACGCGUACGGACCUGUACCAAUCUGCCCCAGGACGAAAGCAACACGGCCGAACGGAUGCUAUCCGGCAACGGCGCCGACGCCUGCGUGCUCGUCGCGGCACUGGAAGGAGCCUGGAAACAAGACGUACAGCGAUUGGAAAAAGAACAGUACCACGAGGGCGUUCUGGAUCUCAGUGGCGCCGCACACGUCGGACGAUCCACCACCGCCUGGGCCAACGUCAACCAGAAACAGUCCCAAGCCGCGGUGCGGAAAACCGGUCGAGCCCUCCCGUACCACAUUCCCGGUGGGUGGGGGAAGGGGGGACAAGCCGUCUGGCCCGAAACGGAAGAACCCUUUUACCUGUACGUGCAGGAUCCCGCCACGGCACGGCUCGUCGUCACCAUUCUCGACGACGACAAACUCGCCGGCGCAGGGACGCCCAUUGGAUCCACCUAUAAACGACUCGCCGAACUCAUCCCCCAAGCCGCGCUGCCGCCGGAAAAACUGCUCACAUCGCUCAAACAGGAACUCAUUGAUCAAGUUCAAAACGGCAAUUUGGAUUUGUUGGACGAUGCUUCCAAGAUCAAACUCGGUGCCAAAACCUGGGACGGGGUUCUGAAAAUGACCUCCAAACCCCGCAAAAAGGACAAGAACGGUCAAGUUUUGGCGGCCGCCGCCGCGGGUGCCUACGUCGCCGGUCCGGUAGGAGCGGCCGCCGGGGCACUCCUCGGCAGUUUCUACGAAGGCACACCCCAAGGUAGCGUCCAACUCCAGGUACGCUACCUACCCAUUCCCCCCAACGUGGCAAUUUCCCGACAAACGUACGUGGUCAAGGGUGGAAUGCCCGGUGUGGAUUGGGGUACGCUGUUGGAACGCUACAAGGACAAGACCUUGCGCAACCCCGACUCUACCUUGAAACCGAUGGAACAAAAGAUCCUCGGCACCAGCGACUUGGAACAUUGCUUCUUUAUCAAUCACGACAAGACGGGUGCCACCUGUUCCGUCUACCGCUCAUUGGAUCAGAAACUGAUUGUCGUGUCGUUCCGCGGCACGUGCGCUCCCGUAGAUCUCAUUACCGACGCGAAUUUGGUACAAGAAGCCUGGGUUGAAGGAGACGACGUGAAGGAUCCGCUCAUUCCCAAAGUCCAUCAGGGUUUCCGGUCGUCGUUGAAUUCUAUUUCCCGCCGUCUUAAGGAAUUGCUGUUGGCCACGGUCCAGCCGGGCGACAAUUUGUCCGACUACGAUAUGCUCGUGACGGGACAUUCACUCGGGGGUGCCUUGGCGACGCUGUUCGUGGCCGAUUUGGCGCAGUACGGCAUCGACGCCGGUCGUGGAUUACCCCAGCUGGAGCCCUCGGAGCCUUGGUGGAAGGGUGUGGCCGAUACCUUUAUGGGACAACAAGCCCGGGAAAAGGCUUCCCAGGCGACGGACCCUCCGCGGCCGAAAAUGUUACGCUUGUACAAUUUCGGCAGUCCCCGCGUCGGUAACGACGCCUUUUCCGAUUUGUUUGCCGCCCUCCAGAGCGAACAGUACAUUGACCAGGCCUACCGGAUCGUGAACGGCCAAGACGUGGUGGCUCGUAUGCCGCGGACUCUGAACGCCCUCGUGACGUCGGUCGGGUACGAGCACUGCGGAACCACGGUGUUGAUUGCGCAACCGUCCAACGCGACCGAUACGAAUCCGAAUUUGGCGCCACUGGUUUGGGUCGAAGGCGAAUCGGACGACAAUAAGUGUCCGGUCCGGGACGGUGUCGCCUUGACAUCCCCCCUGGCGGAAGGUUCGUUGCUCUCCGAUCUCAUGGAGACGACCCGAGACCUGCUGGCCGACGAAACGACGGACACUAGCGCGUCCGGCGGAAUUUCGGCCGGUUGGUCGGCUUCAUGGAACAAGUGGACGGCUACCGCCACCAAGGUAUCGCAACGGUUCCAGUCGUUGACGGCGACGGAUGUGGCGAGCGUGCUGGGUCUGCAACGCGAGUUCACAACACGGGAACUGGAGUUGGUGCAGGCACUAUUGCAGGGCAAGGCACUGGCACACCAUCUGGAAGACGAAUACUACGCCGGUAUGGGUCGGGCGACGGGAUUUUUGGCGCGCGUCGGGGAAGACGUGGUGGAGUUUCCGGAAGAGGCGUGA